GCCUCUUCCGUUUCCGGCAGUGCAGAGGUGGCGUCAUCAGCGAGCGCCCUGUCGGCAGCCGUCGUGAAGAGACGCAAUGCUGAGCCGGCUUCAGGAGCUGCGCAAGGAGGAGGAGACGCUUCUCCGCUUGAAGGCGGCUCUGCACGACCAGCUGAACCGGCUUAAGGUUGAAGAACUGGCCCUCCAAUCAAUGAUUAAUUCUAGAAGAGGUGAUGAGAUGGUGUCUUCUCAACCUGCACCUCAGGAGUCACAUGAUAUGUUGGUACAUGUAGACAAUGAAGCAUCAAUCAACCAAACUGCACUGGAGUUGAGCACAAGGAGCCAUGUGCCAGAAGAGGAGGAGGAGGAGGAGGAAGAGUCGGAUUCCUGAAGGGGAGAAGAGCCAGGGUACGGCCCUAAGAAGACAAAAAGACCAAAAAAAAAGAGUAACUGGUGAAGGUGGAGAGGCCACUGCUUGGUGGAACUAAGCAGCACAGCCCAGGACUGGGUAGAGGCUCCAGUGCCAACCAGGUGUUCCUGUGAGUGCCGGCCACCCCCAACUACUACUUUUCCCCUGUAUGAGGAGAUGGAAGCAAUCAGUGGGCUUUAUCCACAGAUCCAUAGGAAAGGUGGUUGGAUGGUAAGUGUGCUUGGAAAGAAGAAUUGGACAAAGUCCAAAGAUUAGAAUUACAGGAAGCCCCAUUAGUCCAGAGCACUGAACUUGUCCUCACUGUGGUAUUUCCGCCUUCCAGCCUCCUUCCUGUCUUUGCCUUUCCCCUCUCAGUAAUGUGUGGUUAAAUCAUUUGAUUUCUUAGAUACUGGAGACAUUGACGGUCCUACCAUAAAAGUAGAAAUAUCUUUCAUCCUUUGAAUUUGAUAGUGUAUUUAUUAGAAUAAGAGUUUAGAUUUGUUAAAUAUCUGGAUUAAAAUGGUAAAAGGAUUUUCAUACAGUUUUUAGGCACUAUACACACUUUUGUUUACAAUAGCAUCAGUACUUCAAUUUGGGGAAAGAUAAAUCUCAUACAUUUUAAUGCCUUGAUCCAUUUGUAACAUUCAAAGUAACUCCACCAUUUUAGAAACACUAAUUCAAACUUAAAGAGACAUAUCACUAAAUAUCCCACACAGUAUAUUUAAAAAUAAAUAUAGAAAUACAACCAGAAGUCUACAAAUCAUCACAGUAGACAGACUGGUGAAGCCCCAGCUAUCAUGGCAGUGAAGGGCUCUGGCUAGAUUUUGAUGGAAAUUGCUGUUUUCUACACCAAAAGCAAAACCAUAAUAAAAUAAUGUGAUAAACACUUUCUGAUGCUCAUUUUCAUAGCAGCAAAGCAUGCUUCACAUGCACUGCCUGUGAAGGAUCUUACAGGGCCCUUCCUACUCAAUUAGAAAGAAGGUAUACCUGGCAAGAAUGAAGUACCACCAAGUGUCAAAGAAUCCUGAAAAUACAGGCGGCCAGCCAGUCACGGUGUGGGAGAGCAGUGCAGUUUUCAGUAAGAAUGACUGCCCAUAGUCAGCAAAGUUUCACUGUAAUUCAGCACUGCACAUGUUCUGAUCACUGACAUACACAAAAAUAGCCCCAAGCACGAAGCCAAUCCACUUAGGGGAAUAACAGUAGUAAUAAGAAGGACAAUAAUAUUAAAAAUGACACGAAUAGGAUUUUGGCACAUGCUAUGUUCUUCAUCCUUUGUCACAGGUGAAAUGCACGUCUGAACAGAGACAGGCAUGGGAAAGAGGCCCAGAAGCAACAUGACAUGCCACUGGGCAGGGGACUCUGCCACUUCCCAAAUGCUUAGACACCAGCCGCAUGGGUGGGUGUGCUGGGCUGGUUAAGGCCGAUGGUGGAGCAGAGCCAACCUGCAAAAUCUACUUCCUCAGCAUCAGAUCUUUUGAUGAAAGCAUGAACCUGUAUGUGAGAAAAUGGAGAGAAACUGUGUUAAAAAGAACCAAGAAGGAAAAUCCAAGAGUCUGGAGGUUGUGCUGCACUUGGAAGGAGCUCCAGGAGCCUGCCCUUGGGCAGCUGCAGGCUUAAAGCCCCUGCUCUGCUAGGCUCUGCUAGUUCCACCCCCUCCCUGAGCCCACUCCCGCUGUGAAAUGGGGACAGUAGCUCCACCUACAUGCCUCACAGGGCUGCUAAAGGUACAAAGGAACUGAUAGACUUGAAAGCACAUGUUACACUGACCAGGCUCUACAUGGCAUGUGAGUCCAGUUACAGCUUUACUUCCCUCUCCUCCCCCUGCCACUGCCACCAAGUAGAAGACAGCAGAGAAUUACUUGGGGAGGAUGCUGAAUAUAAGGUAAGCCAAUCAGUACUAGAAAAAGACCCUGUCCCCUUGCAGGGAUGGGCUGGCCCUUCUUUCCCUGGACUCCACCAGCUGCAGGGUCACCCCCAGCUUUUCCAGUAAACUGCUGCGAGGACAGAGGAGACAUGUUUGGUGUCCUGCAGCCCCCAGGUCAGCUGGACCACAGUGGUCAAGGCAGAGCAAGGUAUGGAUGGGCUCGGGAAAUGAUGGAUCAUAGGAGAACAGAUGACUGUGCAGCCGAUAGUGUAAGAAUCUGAAAUAAAUGGACUUACCAUGAGUUGCUUC